AUGGAUAUCUCCUUUAAUGACUUGAAAUUCAUUUAAUAGAUAGGGUAGACUUUGAAUAUGGAAGAAAGAAUAAAACUAAAAUUGGCAAUUCUAAAGAUUCAAGAGCAUUAUACAUUUGAUGAAGUAUUGUUUUGGGGAAGAGUGGAAGGAGUAGAAAAAGACUAUUAUAUAGCGAUGGGAAUUCAAUAUAAAGGGUAAUACGAGUUCCCAUUAAAAAAAUUCUAUUGGAGUUCGAAUAAUUAUCACUUUGCUGAGUUACCAAAAUAUAACGAAGAAUAUGCAUCAAGAGCAGACAACUUAAGAGAGCCCUUUACAGGUUAGCAUGAACAUAUUGUGUUCAAGACAGAAGAGGAGAUCAAUUUUGAGGAUUCUCUGGACAUCCCUGCGUAACUGCCAGCUAAACACUUUUCAGAAUUAGAAAGACUGUCUUAUGUUGUUUAGUAGGUUGAAUUCAAUUGUGCAUCAAUACCUGUGGGAUCCUACCGUUUGACACCUACUCACGAAUUAAUCAGAAAGGCAUUUAAGGGAGUGAAAGCUGAAUUAAAAAAUUAUUAACAUUUUAGAGUUCCCACAAGGAAGGAUAAGCAGGACUUAAUAGCUCGUGAUGAGGCUCUGUAUAGGGAAGAUUUCUUGGACUCUUUAGUGGAUGACACUCCUAAUCAAUAAUGGUCUUUGCAAGCAGAUUCAACACAAAGAAAUAUAACAUUAAGGAAUUUGAUUUGGCCAGGCUAUGUCACUUAUAACAAUGACUAUACAUUUGGAUAUGCUUAUUUUGGAGAUGGAAUAAAGAAUUCUGACUUUGAGUUUUUAUUAUGA